AUGACGCCGCCCCGACGCUCCCCAAGAAUCGCAGUACUGCUGAGCCCCCAACCCCCGGUCCAACAAGCGCGCCUAGUGACGCCCGCCUCGCUGGCAGCGACACCUCGAAGGCGGAGUCUGUCUACUCGACGUGCACCGCCGAGAAGCCGCUCCCGCCAGGGCGCUUCAAGCGCAAGAAGCGGAGACACAACGCAGACUCGUGGGUCACUCCAAGACGGUCAAGAUGGGCUACGUGGGCAGACACGCGGAAGCAAUGCAGGUCAACAGGAAGGCGAUUCCUCCCUGCGUAUUGCUGGGCUAUCUGUUAAAAGCAGAUCUUCCCUGCCCAUCCCAGCUCCAGCUGGCCAGAGGGAGCCGAUCGGCCACUCUGCACAAGACCACGCCCAGGCCCAGCCGACGGACCCCAGUGGACACCUCAGCGCAUGCCAAGAUCUGAGUGCGCGCCGCAGUAACGGCCCUCGAAUGCAGCCUGCUGCGCGAGCUCCCGUCAUGUUCGGCAUCGCCGACCAUCCAGAUUCCGUUCGAGAAACAGUCGUCCCGUCGUGCGCGGACAUCGGCGAUUUACCGGUCGGAGGCAAGCCGAACCGGAAGAGCAUCACUGUCGAGGCAUUUUCCGGGUUUGUACCAGUCGGCGCAUUUGAUUCAGGCGUCCGGUGCUGGUGGAGAAAGUUUGUCAACCAACUGACAGAUGCCCAGAUUCUGGACGGCCACCGGUGGGCCGACGUGCAAGGCAGAAGCAUAUUUGCCGCGUCACUCUGGGGAGAUGCGGCCGAUUGGUUUUCGGAGCUGGCUGGGGAACUACUCGUCGAGAAAAACAAGUCGAAACUCCCAGAGCACGAGCUGCUAAACCGGCUGAUGAUGGAACAAAAGGCUCGAGGCGAAACGUAUCAAGCGUACGCGCAGCGGCUGCUCAACAUGGCAGAUUCGCUCCCUAGCGGUCUCUCCACCGAGGCCAACGCGCGUUAUGCGAUGCACACCUUCAUCAAGAGGGCGUACUACAAGUACUCGGACGAGUAA